AAAUAAAAAAGAAGAAAAUACUUACAUUUAUUAUGUGAGAGAAAGUGAGACCUAUCAAGCCCAUAGAGGGACACGCAGAAGAAAAGUGUGGGCAAAAAGGCAAAUUUGGCUUGGCUCCACUCUCUCCCCACUCUUCUCGCUCCUCCUGCCCUUUCUCUCUCUAGUUUCUCACUCCGGUCUCUCUCUCUCUCUCUCUCUUUCUCUCUCUCUCUCCCGAAUCAAAUGUAGAGAAUCUAUUCAUUUCUCUACUUCCUAACCCAUUUUCAUCGCACGGUGAGUCCAAUUCGUGUUUCUUACUCGCUUUUCGCUUGGUUUUCAUUUCCAGCUGAAAAAAUUUGGGGGAAAAAAAACUUGGGAUCUUAUUAGAAACGCUUUACAAAAAUCCCAUUUCGUUCUUUUCUUCAUCUGGGCAUCAUAGCUUUUGAUUCUUUGGCACUGAAAAGGGGUUUAAUUUGACCUUUUUUUGUGUGAAUUAUUCAAAAAGAUUGUCUUCUUUAAUGGGAGUUGGGCUGAUUAGGCAGAUGAGCAAAGAACAACCACCUGAACCUCUUGAUUUCUUCAUUUGGACAGUUGAGGAUGUUGGUUUGUGGUUGGAAGAGAUUAAUUUAGGCAAUUACAGGCAGGUUUUUAAGGAAAAUGGUGUCAAUGGAGAAUACUUGGAAGGCAUGUCCAUGUUUACUACCGAACAGAUUCUUCGAUUUAUUAGACGAUGCCACAUGAAAUGGGGAGAUUUCAUCACGCUAUGUAAGGAGCUUAGAAGAAUCAAAGUGGCUUGUUUAAAGGGGGAGCAAAAGGUUCGCAGGCCAUGGUGGGCUCCCUCUUGCCUCUCCGUGGUCUUUGUUAAGGUGGCAAAGCGUAACAGACAAUCGCGGGUUGUUUCCUUGAAUUUGGAACCUUGAAGAACAAUCUGCAUAAUAUGUAUGUAUUUAUAAUUUUCUUUUCUUUUUCCUCUUUUUACGUAGAGAACAGAAAAAUAGGAAAUGACUUUUUGUCUUGAAUCCGUCAAUAUCUCUGUUUGUUCUUCUUUGGAGAACUUUGUUGUUGUAUUUUAAAAGCUCUGUGUAUUUAUUUCUUGGUGGUUUUGUUAUUGUAUGACUUUUUUACUUGAAAAAAGCAUGAAACAAUCGAGUUCUCAUUGCGACGUACUUGAAACAUGUUUAUAAGUGAUUGUAGCCCAUCUUGUGGCAAGAUGAAAAUGGAACUUAACAUUUCCUUUUUUCGCAA